AUGGCCGCACCCCCAGCAGAACCUGUCAUAGACGUUGAUGUACAGCCUCUUCUCCACAACUCUGUUGACGACGAUCGAGACUCGACGAUUGGAGAUGACAAUUCGUCAUCAACUGCUAGCGUAACAAGCUCCAUUCUCAAUUAUCGGGUCGAAAACGGGAGAACAUACCAUGCGUACAAGGACGGAAAAUACUAUAUGCCCAACGACGAAACGGAAAACAACAGGCUAGACUUGCAGCAUAAUCUGUUCCUCUUGACUUUUGACAACAAGCUUGGUCUCUCCCCGCCAAAUCUUCCCGAGUUUAAGACCGGCCGAGUUCUUGACCUGGGUACCGGUACAGGCGUUUGGGCGAUCGACUUUGCUGACGAACAUCCCGAGACUGAGGUUAUAGGGGUCGAUCUGUCUCCUACUCAACCGGAAUUCAUACCCCCGAAUCUAAGGUUUGAGAUCGACGACAUCGACGAGGACUGGACUUAUUCUCAGCCUUUUGAUUAUAUCCACAGCAGAAUGAUGAACGUCUCAGUCAAGAACUGGCCAGAGUAUCUCCGUAAGAUUUUUGAAAAUCUUACGCCGGGUGGCUAUGCUGAGCUCCAGGACGUCGAUGUAUUCAUGCGAUCAGACGACAACACUCUUACCGAAGAUCAUGCUCUUCGGAAAUGGGGCAUUCUUCUAGACAAAGCGGCCAAAGAGCACGGAACUCCCUUCAUAGACACCAAUCGAUUCAAACCCCUUAUGGCCGAGGUCGGAUUCGUCGAUAUCAAGGAGAAGCCAUUCAAAUGGCCGAUAAAUCGCUGGCCCAAGGAGAAAAGGUUCAAGGAGCUUGGAGAGUGGAGCAAAUUGAACACAGACGGCCUUCUUGAGGGGCUUUCAAUGGCUUUGUUUACAAGGUGCCUUGGCUGGACUGCUGAGGAGGUCAGCGUUUUCCUGGUUGACGUCAGGAAGGAUUUGAACAAUCCGAAAAUCCAUGCCUACUGGUCAAUCCGAUCAGUUUACGCAAAGAAGCCUGAAGCUUAGGAAUUGCGCAUGGAUAGAAUUCUCUGGCGAUAUACGCGGCUGGGGCUUGUACAUGCAGCCGUUUGAUACACACAGGCGGUGCUGGGACCUCAUUACCCCAUCCGAAAGCGAGCAGAGUAGAUAAGUAACCUUUUUACUGGCAUAUGGAGAACCACAUACAACGUGGAAAGCUUUAUUUCAUACGUAGUCAACUCUUUCUAUUUGGUAGUGACUGGUAUUAAGAUGUAGGGUGCCCUAGUACACAUACCCAGAGGGGGGACUAGAAGCUCAACAGUAAAAAAAAAAAAAGCCCAGCAGCAUCAACAAUACAGACCAUAUACCCAGUCCAUUCAAAGGUCAACAGUUUACUCAGACAGACUAGGGUUUCUAGUCCAACUGGUUACCUUGUGCAAUAACUUCAUGAGCUACAGUAACAGCUGCACCCUGAAAAAG